AUGUUCAACAAGACUACAACCAGCAUCUUAUUCCUCUUUGCUUUCCUCUUGUCAAUGGCAAGCGCUCUUGUCAUCAACCCCAAGAUUACCACACCCAACUCAGGCACCAAGUGGAGAGCUGGUCAAUCUUACGUUGUCAAGUGGGAAACUACCUACAACGAUGGCACUGGUAAACAAGUUCCUAUUCCCGAUGGUUACAAAGGUACAAUCAAGUUGGGUUACCUCGAAAACAAUGAUCCCUACAACGAGCAUCUCAAGUUUGGUGAUCUUGCCAAGGAUUUCGCAUUGAACGCCGGUUCUCAGACCAUUACCUUGCCUGCUGAUCUCGAAACCAAAACUUCCUAUAUCAUCGUUCUUAUGGGUAACUCUGGUAAUGCUUCUCCCAAGUUUACUAUUCAAGCUGCUCGUUAA